AUGGUGGGCAAGCGGGGACCUGGUCGUCCGCCUGGGAGCGGCAAUAAACCCAAGCAGCCGGUUACGGCGACGAGCGCACAACCGGUGCAGUACCAGGUUUUCGGCUGUCAGUGGACGGACUGUCGUGCUGAGCUCCAUAACCUGGAGGGGCUCAAGAAACACAUUUUCAAGGUUCAUGUCUCUCAGCAGCUGACCUGCGGUUGGAAGGGAUGCACACACCCGGAACCCAUGCCUGCGGCGCUGCUCUUCAAGCACGUGAAGAAGGACCACCUGGACUCUAUCGCGUGGAGGCUGGGCGAUGGACCAUCUGUGCCAAGACCUGGUGAAACCACUAGCGAAACAGGACUGUCUACGAUUCCUCAGAACGGUCGACCUGGUAUGGAUGACAUGCUUAUCUUUCCGGCGAGUGGUUCGUCGAUCCGAGCCUACCAUAGAGUUCAUGGCAAAACUACCCAGCAGCAAAAAGCGCAGGAAAUCCUCAAGGCUGUGCAGCGACUGAAAGAACAGAUCGGCGUGGGCUUGGACCCUGGGGGCUGCGAAUUGACCAACUUUGUGCGGAAUGAGCGACAGAGCACUGAGGAGGAUGUUUAUGAAGUGGUUGUCUAA